AUGAUAGCGCGAAGUGCUCCGGAUGUUUCCGUCAGCAGGAAACCGCUUGGCACGGGUGUUCGCAUCACAAUCCCCACUCUAAACGCUACCAUCGACAAUCGUUACUGCAUCGAUAGCCGUAAAAGCUGCGAUAAGAAACGUGGACGUUUCAAUAUGUACAUCCCUCUCAUCAACAACUGUGGCUAUUUGGCUGACUUCCAGCACAAAUACUGCCCUCUUCAAGGUGAUAGUUUCAAGGCAGAGCGUCUACAGUAUCCAGUAGCCAAUCAGCUAGCACACGAUACUUUCGAGUUAUCAGUGGGCAGUUAUCUACAAUCAGCGUAUCGCUUUCGUGUUGGAUUCACAACGGAGUCAUGCUUUUCCAGUGAGGAACACCUUCAUGGAGGUUACGAGGAGUACAAUCUAAUUUUCUACCGUACUUGUGCGCCACCGACGGGAUCCACUAACGCACCGUCGGCUUGA